CGCGGUUUGGCAAUAAAUUUGACAUGUAUAUACUCAAGUGAAUGCUAUUAGUUUUAUUCAACAGUGUUCAUUUUUGCUUAACUGUACUAUUUCUGGAGCGAUAAUGUCCGAAAACGGAGAGACGAAGGCUUCUAAAUCCAAGUCCUUUCUGCAUUGGGAAGAUUGGAUUGUACUUCUGACAGGAGGAAUGGUUACUGGUGGUGCUAUUGGAUGGAUCGUCUACAGAAGUUUUAAAUCUCAACAACUCGACUAUAAGGCAAUAAAAACAAUUGUUACAUCUUUUGUUGGUGGAAUGGGUAUCUACUUCACAAGUUCAGCCAUUAUUUUCAUGUACCAAAAAUCCAGCGACUCUUGGAGGAAAUCAAUUACUUCCAAAAAGGAUGAAUCAAACUGGCCUGUUCUGGAUUGUGAAGUUUCUCCAUGCAAACGGUAUAUUGAUGCAGUAAAUAAAUUGGAUAAAAAAUUGGUUUACGAGACUAGUAAGUUUAUGGAAUGCAAAGACUUCGGUAAGAAAAUCUCUCGAGAUAUCAUUCUAGAAGCAGCUGAAGAGCCUCGCAGGUCGGAAUAUACGAUGAAAAUGUUAAAUGAUCUCAAUCAACGAGGGCCAAAAAAGGGGCUACUAAAACUGCCAACUGACAACAAGGUGGAAACUUGCUAUAAGGAAGACAUAGGAAUCGAAAAAGCGAAAGUAAAAGAAGAGAUUAUUUCUUGCAUAAGCGAGUUGAAAGGUUAUGUUCAAGGUACGAUAGAUCCUCUCCCUUCAGCGAGAAACAUUCAGUUACGAUCUUCUGAGAUAAGCGAUGAAACGUACCGACGAGUUGUCGUGAUCGUAAAAGAAUAUGCAAAUAGUAUGAUACCAAAACUUGAGCAAGUUAUUGAUGAUUUCAUAGUUUCGGUGGGAAAAUCGGGUCCAGUUCACAGCGACCGAGAACAUAAAGUGAAAAAAGCAUCGGAAACCUUGGGAGUUCCAGAAAAGGAUCUUCGUUCAACAAGAUUGGAGUCUCCAUCAACUGCAGGCAUUCCCUUCAAGUUCCAAGGUGUAAACAAGCCUGAACAUCCAGCUGUCGAGAAACUCAAGAACCAAAUCUGGAAUCGACCUGAAAAAUUAAAGCUUAAUCAAGAUCAAAUCAAGUCUUUAAACAUUUUGAAAUCGGAACUUUAAGGCAUGGUUAUUCUUCAGCUUAACUAAUCCAUAGAAGCCCUCAGAUAAAAUGACCCCCCCCCCUUUCACUUGAUAUCAAGACCGUGGACUGAAGAAUGAGACAGGAGGAAACAGUUGUUCGAAAUAUAAUAUUUACAUUUCUUGGAAGAGAACAUUUGUAUCUUUUUAUUCAGUUAAUCAAAAGUGUCCAGAGGGAAAAUUCGUAAAGGUUUUGUCAUAAACUUUAUGACUUGAAAUGAAACUCAGGAAAAUAUUCAGGGGAACAGAAAGAUGCAUAUUGUUAAAUGUUUGCUUUGUCAGCUCUUAAGUGUUUAUGAUGUUUAGUUCCGUAUCGACUUUGUUUGAUUUCAUUGCUUUUAGAUAUUGCAUAUUAAAUAAAUUCUAUCAAAUUUUGGAGUUCAUUUGUCUAGUGGAAGAAUUAACUUUUUUCUUAUGCUUAUUGGAUCUACAAAAAUACUUGGGUAAUAAAUUGACGACUUUAAGUUAGCGGUCACCUAAAAAAAAAUAGUAGAUCCUCUUGUAUUCAUAACUGGUUUUAUUGAGCAUUUUAAUGCACAGUGUGUAAAACUAAAUUGUAGCAAAAUAG